AUGUUAGAUGAAAUUCAUAGACAAGAACGUGAAGAGCUAGAGAACAAGCUUGAAGCAAAAGACAAAAGCAUUCAGAAAAGAAUACCACGUUCGGUACCAAAAGGUAAGGAAAAGAACUAUAAGUAUAUGAUUUAUACUGAAGAGAUGGAAAAUGAAGAAGAUAAAGAUAUGGUUAUGUUGCAUUUAGUCAGAAGAAACAACAAAAGCUUUUACGACCUUGCUAAGAUUUACAAAUCUGACAGAAAUUGGUUCUAUCGCGAAAACUUACCGAUUUCAAUGACACCGAAUGAAGAUGUGAAACAAAUAGUUCAAGAUACGUUACCUCAAACACACUAUGAUAUUAAAGGUUGUACAAUACUUACAUUCAAAGAAGAUUUGCCAUUGUUAAAGGAAAAAAUAACAGAGUAUUUUGACAACUUCAAACAAGUAGAGUAA